UGGCGAAGGGUUUUCAUAAACAGGAACUACAAAUGAAAUCACCGGAAAUGCUCAUGUUUAUUUUCUAUGACCCGGAAGUUGAGGAAUGUUGCAGACAUUAAUUGAGGAAAAUUGCAUUUAACGAGUAAAUCCGAAAUAUAUUUUAUUGGACAAUAGCGUGUGCUGUAUUAUAUCGUACAACCUCUAACUGCCCACGAUUCCAAACAUAGGAAGAUUUAAUUAUUUGAAGAGUUACAUUUUUUUCUAUGUGGUAACCAGUAGUAGCUCCAAACAAAAAUGAACAUUUUACCGAAGAAGAGUUGGCAUGUGCGGAACAAGGACAAUGUUGCGCGUGUACGGCGUGAUGAGGCGCAAGCUGCGGAAGAGGAGCGCAUGCGCAAAAAACGGGUUGAUCUUGCAGAGCAGGAGGCACGUACUGAUUUUUUGCGUAAAAAGGCUCGUCUCUCGCUGCCAGAUAACCAUAGGAAUGAUGAGACUGCACUGGUGGAGAUUGGAAGAGAUUCUUCCCAUGUAAAUUUCUUCCAAGAUAUAGAAGAGGGAAAAGGAAUAAAAAAAUCCAACAAGGAAUACGAAGAGGAAAAGCGUCAGGAAAAGGAACGCCAGGAGAAAACUUUGGGGAUACUUACAUACUUAGGCCAAAGUGCAGCUGAAGCACAAACCAGUCGUCCUUGGUACCAGGAUGUCCCACAACGAACGAAGAGGGAAGCUGAUGAUGACACAAAAGAUGAGAAAUUAAAAGGAAAGUUGGAUCCUAUGAAUGAAGUAGAAAAAUAUCUACAAAAAAAGACAGGGGAAAAGAAGAAACAUAAACACAAAGAAACCAAGGAAUGCAAAAAGGGUAGACAUAAAGAUAUCACAAGGCAGGAAAGCAGACCACCCAAGAAAUCUAUUGAAGAGUUAAGAAAUGAGCGGCUAAAGCGGGAGGCAGCAGAGAGAGCUCGGGCAGAAGCCUUGCUGUCUGGGAAAAAAGGUACACCUGCUACAGAAGAGAUGGAUGAUAGAAAGCGACGUUACAAUUCUCAGUUUAACCCACAACUGGCAAGAAAGCCUAAAGAGCGAGAGGAACUGCUGUGAUUAUGUACAUUUUUGUAUUUAAGCUGAAGUAUAAUAAAGUGACGAUACAUUAUUUAA